CAGUGUCAUCAUCACCAUCCCAGAAGUUGUCCAGUCUGUGGUGAUACCCCGAGCCGCUGCUGCUGCUGCUGGAGGACCAACGUGAAGCCGUUGUUAAGACCAAGGACAUCCCGGGACUCACUUACUCACUCACAGCGAACUGAGCACCACCGGACCCGUCCGAACCCCCGAACACAGCCCCGGUUUUGAGUCCUGACCUCAGUUUGCCUCCUCUCCUGUCCUCCGCUCUUCUUCCUCGGCAGCAGACAUGCCUCCAGCGACGGGUGGGCCCGUGGGCUACGACCCUCCUGAAGGCGGCUGGGGCUGGGCGGUGGUGGCGGGCGCCUUCAUCUCCAUCGGCUUCUCCUACGCCUUCCCCAAAUCCAUCACGGUGUUCUUCAAAGAGAUCGAGGUCAUCUUCGACGCCACGCCCAGCCAGGUGUCAUGGAUCUCCUCCAUCAUGCUGGCUGUCAUGUACGCUGGAGGUCCAAUCAGCAGCAUCCUGGUGAACAAAUUUGGCAGCCGACCAAUCAUCUUAGUGGGAGGCUGUCUGGCCAGCAGCGGCCUCAUUGCCGCCUCAUUCUGCAACACCGUGGAGCAGCUGUACUUCUGCAUAGGAGUCAUAGGAGGUCUGGGUUUAGCUUUUAACUUGAACCCGGCCCUCACUAUGAUCGGUAAAUACUUCUACAAGCGCCGUCCCAUCGCCAACGGCAUCGCCAUGGCGGGCAGCCCGGUGUUCCUCUCCACGCUCGCCCCGCUCAACUCCUGGCUGUACGACCAGUUCGGCUGGAGAGGCAGCUUCCUCAUCCUCGGAGGACUGCUGCUCAACUGCUGCGUGGCCGGCUCCCUCAUGCGGCCCCUCGCUCCCUCGCCCCAAAAAGCGAUGGCCGACGCGGAGGCCAGCGAGGUCAAAGCGGUGGAACCAGUGGCGCCGCUGCAGAAGAAGAGCGUCCUGCAGACCAUCAACUCCUUCAUCGACCUGACGCUGUUCAAGCACCGCGGCUUCCUGCUCUACCUCAUGGGAAACGUGGUGAUGUUCUUCGGCCUCUUCGCGCCGCUCGUCUUCCUCUCUAACUACGCCAAGAGUAAGGACAUCAGCAAGGAGAAGGCGGCCUUCCUGCUGUCCGUGCUGGCCUUCGUGGACAUGUUCGCCCGGCCCUCCAUGGGCAUGCUGGCCAACACCAAGUGGGUCCGGCCCAGGAUUCAGUACUUCUUCGCCGCCGCCGUGCUCUACAACGGCGUGUGCCACGUGCUGGCGCCGCUGUCCGUGGACUACACCGGCUUCGUGGUGUACGCCAUCUUCUUCGGGUUCGCUUUCGGCUGGCUGAGCUCCGUGCUGUUCGAGACACUGAUGGAUCUGGUGGGAGCGCAGAGGUUCUCCUCCGCCGUUGGGCUGGUCACCAUCGUGGAGUGUGGGCCGGUGCUGCUCGGACCGCCGCUCACAGGAAGUUUCUAUAACUACUACAACCACUACGACUACACCUACAUCUCCUCCGGCAUCAUCCUCAUCGUCGCCAGUGUGAUGCUCUUCGUAGGAAUGACCAUCAACUACCGCAUGCUGGCACGAGAGAAGAAAGAGGAGGAGAGGAGAGAGAGGGAGGAGCCUAAGGAGGAGCUCACCGCCAUGUUGGCGCCUCCUUCUCCGUCAAAAUCAGACGAGGAGGCGGAGAAAAAAACACCGGAGGCCGUCGCGCUGGAAAACGUGUCCAGGAUGGACGAGGACACGGUGUAGAUUUGUGUUUGAAUUUUUUAAACAGACUCAAGAAGGAAGCACACACUUCACAGAAACCCAAACCCACGCCGUCUUUAUAGAGAGGUCAACCCCUGAAGCCAUAGACACCUCCGUUUACCUUUACAAACAGAGGCUGCCGCUGUGCCGCUCGCCAAGGAGCUGUCCCCGCGUCGAGCCUUCUGGUUUUUGGUGCCUUUGGUGACCUCAAGUCCUCCAGGAGCACACACACUCACACACACCAGCUACUGUAAGCGUUACACCGACACCCGAUAGACGCACAACAGACUGUAAGGUAACAUUUUAGGAUACUAAUCUCAGGGUGCCAUAACGGUUUAGAGCCUCACACACCACGACAUGCUUCACUCCUGAAGGGCUGGGCAUCCAUUAAAGGACACAUUCAUACUACUAUAGAGCUGUUCACAAGUUCAGCGUGACAUCUCCAGGGUUUUUAGUGGAGAUUUAUGAAAUAGAUCCGGAAAUCACCGCCACAGGGACAUAUUUAACUUUUAGGAUGCACAAAAAGUGUUUAAACAACAGAGAAAUAGGAAAGUAAGGAGGUUACAUGUAAUUACAUUUCUACCGGUCUGAAGGGUCACACUGAUAGCCGUGUGCUUGUACAUAAGUGUGUGCACUUUGUGUGUGCGUGUAGUUUUGUGUCACACACCCUGCAACCGGAGCAGCUCAUCAUGCAUUGUCAUGGUGAUGAACACACACUCGAACGAAAGCGCUCUCACAGUCGCUCCCCGCAGAUUCUCCUGCUGAGUGACCGGCACUCGCAGUAUUACAUGACACCUCACAUUGGGUUUUGUUUUUUGUGUGUGUGUGGGGGGGGGGGGGGUAAUGGGUUGUGUGUGUACCAGAUCUACUGGUUUACUGGGGGUGUGUACCUGCCCGGUUGUAGUGCCAAAAUAGGAAAAGAAAAUGAUGGACAAUACACACAAUCCUAUUUUUUUAUCUUUGUGAAAUAUAGAAGUUGCAGUACCGGAUAGGGUUGUUUUUAAAUUGUGAACAACACUUUGUAGAUGUAUCAUCAAACCUUUGUGAUUUUCAAAAUAAUACCUUUUAGCUUUCUGUUCAAUACAACGUAGUCUAAUGACAAUCUGACAAGUAGACUUUUUGAUGGAUUUUGAUGAAAGGAUGUGUGUUUGUGUGCCUGUGUUAGUGUGUGUGUGAGAGAGAUGUGUGUGUGUGUGUCAACAGCCAGUUGAAUCUGUAACCAGGUUUCAUAAUUUCACUUUGUUUUUCAUCGAGCUGCUGCAGUAUCAAACUUGUUUCAGUUUGUCUCCGAGCUGAACGCGUCAUAUCUGUUUUUGGUGUUUCUGUCUGAAGUCGAUCACAGAAACGUCAGAAUGAAUUAUGCAUUAAUCUUAGUUUUGUGUCGGGAUGAAGGACAACAGAAGACGUGGGACCUCUUCAGCCUGAACAAACGUUCCUUAUUUUCUGUAAUUGGAAAAUAAAUGGAGGUUUUAAACAAUUCAAUCAUAGAUAUAAAUGAUUCAUGUUACACGAUGAACAAAAUAAAUACAUUUAAGGGAAACUUUUAACCUUUUUCUGAAGACUGAUCACUUCUUGAAGUAGUGUUUAACCUGUAUUUAAUUAUCUAUAAAGGUGAUAUUUUAAUUAGUCAACUAAUGGCACAAUAGACCAUCCAACACUUUUUGCCUGUAAUCCUAAAACCUGUUACAUUGUAUAUCCUAUAAUGUUUACUCCACAUACGCAUUACUCCCCAAUGUAUUCAUCCACAGCAGAAAAUAGAUCCUAACAAACGUGCUAUUUUACUCCAGUUUGAGUAACAUCUGCUAUGAACCUCUCUGUUCAGCUGUUACGAGAGAGUCUAAAAACUAAUGUAGGUAAAUGAAUGUGUGAGCCGUCUAUAGGGCAUGACACUUUAAUUCAAAUUAGGGAAACCAGAAAGUAUUGAGAGCCAGACGCACGUUUUAUAAACGUGGAAAAUUCUGAAAAAGUCCUGAAAUAUAUUUUUUUAAAAUUACGCUUGAUGAUAAAAGUGUACAGAGAAAAAAGCAAAAUGCCUAAAAGUGCGAUGAAAUCAAGUUGAAGAGAUUUAUAAAUAUAUUGUUUUAACAUCAAGUUUUCUAAACGUAUUGCAUUUUUCCCGAUUCGGAAUUAACGCCACCUACUGUUGGUUUGAAUAAACUGCUACUACGGUUAUCUUGUCUUUUGCUAAAAUUGGGUUAAAAUGUGAUGUGUUUUGAAGGAAACCCCGCUGUUGUUAAUUUGUCAUUUUAAUCACAUUUGUUGAACAACAUAUUAUCCAUUUCAUCUUUUAUAAUCCAAACCUUAUAUUUUUGAAUGUUUCUGUAACAGAGCGCUACUUUAUUUUACACUUCAGUAGGAUUGUUAAUAAAUGUGAUGAAAAAGGUUUACUCUUAUUAUCAGAGGUGCAACGUAACUCAUUGCAUUUACUCAAGCACUGUGCUUACUUAACAAGUGAAGUAUGUUGAAAGUAAAUAUUUUUUUACUUUAAUAAAUGUCUGUCGGUACCAAUGGGAGUUUCCUCUCACUCUACACCAAGUAUCCAGAUGUCUACAGAUGGGAAAUUGAAGCAAAUGUGUUUUCUAAGUUUUCUGCAGACCUCUGAACCGAUGUCCUUCAGCUAGAGAGGAUCGACCCUCGAGAGAUUGUUAUUCAUUAUGCAAGUUAUAUUCCCUUUAAAAUGAAUUGACUAAAACCUUCAGUUAUCUAGCGUUUUUUACGAGUAUUAGAAAGAAACGGGGACACUUAAAACAACUAAAACAUUUUAUUGAAACAUGUGAAUGUUAGUUUUUUCCAGUGCAAGUUUUUUUUUAACGGUACUGCAAAAGCACAUUUUCGUCUUUACAAAUAAAUAAAUAGAAGAACAACUCGUUGAUAAGUUUGGAGGAAAUGUUUUGUUUGUGGCAGAUGUUUUUCUGUGUAUGUAUGAAAUGUUUUUAGGACUUUUGAAGGGACGAAUAAACAGUUUUUAAAACAAA